GAGAGACACUGAAAGCUGCUGCCAUGCCUGCCAGGAAUAUUAAAAUCCGUGCUCUGGUCAUCUUAAUCAGCCUGCUUCACAGAACAAGGAGGAAGAAGUGUUUAAGGAAACAUGAUGGAGGAGAUCACAACAUCUCCAACUCAUUAGAACCACCAAGUCCAGAAUCACAGCCUUCGUACUCUGCACGGUCGUAUCUCAAGAACACUGACUUCUUUGAAAUGAUUGAAAAGAUGCAGGGAUGCAGAAUGGAUGAACAGAGAUGCCCUCUUCCACCACCUCUCAAAACAGAAGAAGAUUACAUCCCUUACCCUAGUGUUCAUGAGGUCCUCCAACGUGAGACUCCUUAUCCUAUUAUCCUGCUCCCUCAGUUUGGAGGUUACUGGAUCGAGGGAACAAAUCAUGAAAUUAAAAGCCCCCCUGAAACAGAGCAGCUGUCAUCUCCUGCAUCCAAACUCAAACUGGAAUGUAACACCAUCGCCAAACUCUACAGGAAACAGUUCUUGGGAAAGGAACAUUUUAAUUAUUACUGCAUCGACAGUGUACUCGGCCAUUUGGUGUUCUCUGUCAAGUAUGAUGUCAUUGGCGACCAGGAACACCUCCGGCUGCUGCUAAGAACCAAACACAAAACCUAUCAGGAUGUUGUUCCGAUAUCUUGCCUCACUGAAUUCCCCAAUGUGGUUCAAAUGGCGAAGCUUGUUUGUGAAGAGGUAAAUGUGGACCGUUUCUUCCCUGUUUUAUACCCUAAGGCCUCUCGGUUAAUUGUAACAUUUGAUGAACACGUCAUCAGCAACCAUUUCAAAUUUGGGGUUAUUUAUCAAAAGUUUGGCCAGACUUCAGAGGAAGAGUUAUUUACCAACAAUGAAGAAAGCCCUGCCUUUGUCGAAUUUCUGGAGCUGUUGGGUGAGAAAGUUGAGCUGCAGGACUUUAAAGGCUUUCGUGGAGGCCUGGAUGUUGCACAUGGCCAAACAGGAACAGAGUCGGUUUAUACCAAAUUCAGGAGCAAAGAGAUUAUGUUCCAUGUUUCCACAAAACUCCCGUACACUGAAGGUGAUGCACAACAAACGCCAUCAAUGGUGGAGCAAAGGACACUAGGAUUUAGAUUGAAAUUGGGGAGACAGUGGUGCAGUGAUGAUGUCACUGAAUUAGUAACCCAGACGACACAGGGUCCUGAAUUUCAGGAGUUCUUGCUCACAAAACUCAUUAAUGCAGAAUAUGCUUGCUAUAAGGCAGAAAAGUUUGCUAAAUUAGAGGAGCGGACCAGGUCAGCCCUGCUGGAGACUCUCUACGAAGAGCUCCAUGUAAACAGUCAGGCAAUGAUGGGCCUUAGCAACGAGGAUGAAAAGAUUGAGAAUGGAGGGAGUGGAGGAGGAGGAGGUUUCUUUGAAUCCUUUAAGCGGGUGAUUAGAAGUCGAAGCCAGUCGAUGGAUGCCAUGGGUCACAGCAAUAAGAAACAGAACACUGUCUCUACGAGUCACAGUGGCAGUUUCACCCACAACACAGGAGAAACCAUCAAAGGCCCUAGCAUUUCGUUGCUUGUGCCUGGAAAAAGCCCAACUAAGCACGGACGUCGAGGCAGUGCUAUAGGCAUAGGAACAAUAGAAGAGUCAUUGAUUAUUCCUGGAAAAAGCCCAACGAGGAAGAAAUCUGGACCUUUCAGCUCCCGCCGCAGCAGCGCCAUCGGAAUAGAGAACAUUCAAGAGGUAGUGGAGAGAAGAGAGAGCACAUCAAGUACCCAGAAGACCCCAGACAGUGGUCAUGUCUCACAGGAACCAAAGUCUGAAAACUCAUCCAAUCAGAGUUCUCCAGAGAUACCCACCACCAAGAACAGAGCCAUAAUAAAUCAGAAAGCUUCAACUGAUGGUCAGGAUCUCUCGCGAUCAUCUUCGAAUGCCAGCAGCUUUGCCAGUGUCGUGGAGGAGAAUGAAGUUCUUGAAGAUUAUGACACUGGAAUGGACAGCCUUUCUUCGGUUGGAACGCCUCAUAAAAGGGACUCGUUCACCUACACCACAUGGUUGGAUGACAGUGUGAGCAUGAUGAGUGCAGUGAGUGCGGGCAGCUUGGCAGGUGGCCCACGGCCAGUCCUGGAUGGUAACCGAGCCAAUGACUUACCGAGACCAGAAAUCAAAAUUAAACUCGAGAGAACCGAGCAGCAGAAACUCAACCAGAAUUACCAAAAAAGACACAAGCUUAUGGAGUUGAGGAGAACCCGAAUGUCUGCCACAAAUGAAGAUGACGCCUUACACUCUAAAGGAAACCAGCAGAAACCAGGAUUGUAAAAAUGAAGAAUUUAUUUGGAAUUUAGAAAUAUAUUCUCAAACUGCAUUGCACUUUGUUGGAGAUUCAGUUUCAACUGCCUCUGUGUGAAACUAUUGUGAUUGUCUAAGUCUUGUGUUUUGGUGUUAAUAUUGUCAUUGGACAUAGUGUAAAAGCACAAAUGGUGAAGUGAGUGGCGCACGAUCAAUGCUGUCAAACACUGCAUUAGGCCUAUUUAUGGAUUGUUGCUGUGUUUUGGUGAUUAUUUGCUAAAGCUGGCUAGAUAUCAUCACUUUUGAAUGGAAAAGAUGUAAAUAUGCUUUUGUAAAUAAUGCGAAAUAAAAAUCUUAAA